UAUCCACUGAAUAAUUUUGUCGAUAAUUACGAAACCUUGAAUUAUCGUGUUGUGAAUACUGCCCGGAGAAAACGUUCAUCGGGCUACGCUGAGCCUUUAAAUUUGAAAUUCUUCGCAUAUAAUAGGUCAUUCCAUUUAAGUCUAUUGCCACUAGAUCCUUAUAAUGAUCAUUUUCAUCCUGAUCAUAUAUUAGACGAAGAUGGUCGCUAUGAGGAAAUUGAGCCUCAUAAGUUUCUGUACGAAGGAUUCGUCAAAGAUGACCCAGGAUCUAAAGUGUACGGAUCGAUUCUUGACGGGGUGUUCGAAGGUCACAUUCGAACAGGGGAUGGUAAUUCGUACAGUGUGGACAGAGCAGCAAAGUAUUUCGAUUAUGAUAGUCGUCCGUCCCAGUAUCACUCUAUUGUAUACCGCGAUGGUGACAUUAAUCACAACAAGAUACGUGUGAAAAGAUCAGCGUCUUCUCCAGAAUCAAGUGAUAUUGGUUUGCACUCAUGCGGUUUGGAUGAUCGUGUGAAGCGGGACAUGGAGCGGAUACAGCGUUCUGCCGAAGCGCCUUCAGACGUGUACACCAAUUACAUGACUAUGCAUGGACGAUCGAAACGUGCAACUCGGGAUAGUAAUGGAUUGUACACAGUGAGAACGUGUUCACUGUAUCUUCAAGCCGAUCACAAACUUUACGAACAUAUCAAACGCAAAGAGGGAAACAACGAUCCAAUA